AUGCCCCCGACGCCGCCAGCCAAGAACUCGCUCCAGGACCCGCCCCCGCGCAGAGACAGCCUCAACUACCGCGCCCACCAUCCCCCGUCCUCCCGCCUCUCGUCCACCGACGCCUCCUCGUCCUCGCGCACGAUCGACACCCGCACCGCGUUCUCCCCGUCCAUGUCCACCGCGUCCCUCCACACCGUCACCUCGCCGACCUCCCACAAACGCUCCAUGACCAUCUCCAAGGGCAACUCCGUCUCCACCGUGCUCAUCACCUCCGCCCUCGACACCAUCGCCGCCUCCCGCGAGGCCAAGCGCUCCGCCCCGCUCAGGGAGAGCGUCCACAUCGCUCUCGAGAUGGUCCGCGCAGGCAUGGGCGGCGACCGCCCCCGCGAGAUCUUCGAGCCCCUCCGCCUCGCCUGCGAGACUCGCAACGAAAAGCUCAUGGUCGCCAGCCUCGACUGCAUCUCCAAACUCAUCUCCUACUCUUUCUUCGUCGAGGCCAACCCCCCCGAACACGCGUCCCUCCCAUCCCCGCCCCCCUCCCCGGGCCCGGGCGCCCGCCACUCCACCUCGAGCGCAUCGCAAAGCAAUCUCUCCCCGCCCUCGCUCGUCGACCUCGUCGUCCACACCAUCACCACCUGUCACACCGAGACCACGGCCGACUCGGUCUCGCUCCAGGUCGUCAAGGCCCUCCUCGCCCUCGUCCUCUCCUCCACCAUCCUCGUCCACCAGUCCUCGCUCCUCAAGGCCGUCCGCACCGUCUACAAUGUCUUCCUCAUGUCCACCGACCCCGUCAACCAGACCGUCGCCCAGGGCGGCCUCACCCAGAUGGUCCACCACAUCUUCUCGCGCUGCACAGUCGCCCCGCCCGCCGCCGCAGAGUCCACCGCGUCGCUCGCGUCCAAGGCCGAAGAGUCCCCGUCCGCAAAGCGCGACUCGUUCGCGCCGUCGACGCCGGGCACCGAGCCGCCGCCGCUGCCGUCCCAGGACGAAGCGCCCUCGGCAGAAGACAUCUCCCUCGAGAUCCCCCUGCCUCUCUCGCCGCCGGUAGCCGCCCACGACGACUCGCCCGUCCUCGAGCUGCCCCCGACGAACGGCAUUCAGCACGACUUGGACAGGCCGGGUACUCCUCACGCGUGGGUUUCCCCCGCACAGUCCCGCUUGUGUUCCUUUUUGACUGACCCGCACGUCAGCGAGCCCACUCUCCGCCCCAGCACCCCAGGCCGGGCGCAUUAUGCUGCCCCGGCACACGCGAUGACGAUCAACGACCUUUUCCUCAAGGACGCCUUCCUUGUCUUCCGGUCUAUGUGCAAGCUCACAAUGAAGCCCCUCAACACGGAAAGCGAGCGCGACCUCAAAUCGCACGCGAUGCGCUCCAAGCUUCUUUCCCUGCACAUGGUGCUCGUCAUCCUCAACGCGCACAUGGACGUCUUCGUAUCCCCGUCGUCGCUCAUCCACUCGAGCUCGUCCCACGAGGCGACACCGUUCGUGCAGAUGGCGAACCAGUACCUGUGCCUCAGCCUCAGCAGGAACGCCGUCAGCCCCGUCCCGCAGGUGUUCGAGAUCAGCGUCGAGAUCUUCUGGCGCGUGAUCACGGGCCUCCGGACGAAGCUCAAGAAAGAGAUCGAGGUCCUGUUCCACGAGAUCUUCUUCCCGAUCCUUGAAAUGAAGACGUCGACGCUGAAGCAGAAGGCCGUCAUCUUGGGUAUGCUGUCACGCCUUUGCCACGAUCCGCAGGCGCUCGUCGAGAUUUAUCUCAACUAUGAUUGCGACAGCCAAGCCGCGGACAACAUCUACGAGCACCUCAUGAACAUCAUCACCAAGAUCGGCACCAACACGCUCCCGUCCGCCGCACAGCAGAAGCCGAGCGACCCCGCGAGCCCCGCGCUGACGCCCACGAGCAAGGCGCACGGGUCCGGCAUCCCGCCCUCACUCGCGACGUCCGCCGUGUCCGUCUCGGGCUCGCUCGACACGUCCGCGCUCGGUCACUCGGAGCAGCAGCUCCGCCGCCAGAGCCUAGAGUGCCUCGCCGCCGUGCUGCGCUCGCUCGUCGCGUGGGGCACCGCGGCCGGCAAGGGCGCGAGCGACGCCGCGCCCGACUCGGCCUUGGCCUCAGCAGCGGGGCGCGCUAGCGUGGGCGAGGACGGGCGCCCCGAGGGUUUGACGCCCGACGCGUCGCAGUCGCUGGACCGGCUCCCGAUCGGGGGGCCGAGCGCGGAGGCGACGAGGCAGUCGACGCCUGAUAUCCACGACGACCCGGGCCGGUUUGAGAGCGCGAAGCAGAAGAAGACGACGUUGUUGGAGGGCGUCAAGAAGUUCAACUUUAAGCCAAAGCGGGGCAUCCAAUUUUUACUCGAGACGGGGUUCAUACCGAGUAAGGCGCCGCAGGAUGUCGCGCGGUUCUUGUUGCAGACCGAUGGGCUGAGCAAGUCGAUGAUCGGGGAGUACCUCGGCGAAGGGGACGAGGAGAACAUCGCGACCAUGCACGCGUUCGUCGACAUGCUCGACCUGCGGAACAUGCCCUUCGUCGACGCGCUGCGCGUCUACCUGCAGGCGUUCCGCCUGCCCGGAGAGGCGCAGAAGAUCGACCGGUUCAUGCUCAAGUUCGCCGAGCGCUAUAUCGAGGGCAACGCGAACACGCCGUUCGCGAACGCCGACACCGCCUACGUGCUCUCGUACUCGGUCAUCCUGCUCAACACGGACGCGCACAACCCGCAGGUGAAGAAGCGCAUGACGCGCGCCGACUUCGUGAAGAACAAUCGCGGGAUCAACGAGGGCGCGGACCUCCCCGAGGAGCUGCUGUCCGUUAUCUUUGACGAUAUCGUGAACAACGAGAUUAGGAUGAAGGAUGAGGUGGACGCGAGUCUCGUCGCGUCGCUCGCGCCGGGUGCGGGGCUGGCGAGCGCGCUCGCCACGGUCGGGCGGGACUUGCAGAGGGAGGCGUAUAUGCUACAAUCGAACGGCAUGGCGAACAAGACCGAGGCACUGUUCAGGACGAUGAUGCGGUCCCAGCGCAAGGGCUCGCGGAGCGGCGAGCAGUUCUUCAGCGCGUCGCACUUCGUGCACGUCCGGCCCAUGUUCGAGGUCGCGUGGAUCCCGUUCCUCGCGGGGAUCUCGGGCCCGCUGCAGGAGACGGACGACCUGGAGGUCGUGGAGCUCUGCCUCGACGGUUUUCGGAACGCGAUCCGGAUCGUGUGCUUCUUCGACCUCGAGCUGGAGCGCAACGCGUUCGUGACGACGCUCGGGAAGUUCACGUUUCUGAACAACCUCGGGGAGAUGAAGACGAAGAACAUGGAGGCGAUCAAGACGCUGCUCGACGUCGCGGUCACGGAGGGCAAUAACCUCAAGGGCUCGUGGCGCGAGGUGCUCUCGUGCGUGAGCCAGCUGGAGCAUAUGCAGCUGAUCAGCAGCGGCGUCGACGUCCCGGACGCGCGCAAAGGGCGCACGCGGAAGCUGCCCAACGAGGAGCUGGCGAACGAGAGCCGGUCGACGCACAUCACCGUCGCGGCGGAUAUGGUGUUCUCGCUGAGCCAUUACCUUUCCGGGACGGCCAUCGUAGACUUUGUCCAGGCCCUGUGCGACGUGUCGUGGGAGGAGAUCCAGUCCUCGGGACUGUCGCAGCACCCGCGGCUGUUCAGCCUGCAGAAGCUGGUCGAGAUCUCGUACUACAAUAUGAGCCGCAUCCGAUUGGAGUGGUCGAACCUGUGGGAUAUCCUUGGCGAGCACUUUAACCAGGUGUGCUGCCACAGUAAUCCGCACGUCGGCUUCUUUGCGCUGGACGCGCUGCGGCAGCUGGCGAUGCGCUUCUUGGAGAAGGAGGAGCUGCCGCACUUCAAGUUCCAAAAGGACUUUCUCAAGCCGUUCGAGUACACCAUGAUCCACAACGCGAACCCUGACAUCCGAGACAUGGUGCUGCAAUGCUUGCAGCAGAUGAUCCAGGCCCGCGUGCAGAACAUGAGGUCAGGCUGGCGAACGAUGUUCGGCGUCUUCUCGGCCGCAUCCAAGGUCCUGACGGAGCGGAUCACGAGCUCCGCGUUCGAGAUCGUCACGCGGCUGAACAAGGAGCACUUCCCGGCGAUCGUGCGCUACGGCUCGUUCGCGGACCUGACGGUGUGCAUCACCGAUUUUUGCAAGGUCAGCAAGUACCAGAAGAUCAGCCUGCUCGCGAUCGCGAUGCUGCGCGGGGUGAUCCCCAUCAUGUUGAGCACGCCCGAGUGCGGCUUGAAUGCAUCCGGGACGCCGAACGCCACCGUCGAUGACCCGAUGAUCAAAUACUGGUUCCCCGUUUUGUUCAGCUUUUACGACGUGAUCAUGAACGGCGAGGAUCUGGAGGUUCGGCGAUUAGCGCUGGACUCUCUGUUUAGCACGUUGAAGAAGUACGGGGCGACGUUCCCCGUCGACUUUUGGGACACGGUCUGCCAGGAGCUGCUCUUCCCGAUCUUCGCCGUGUUGAAGUCGAGUCAAGACCUGUCGCGGUUCAGCACUCAGGAGGACAUGAGCGUUUGGCUGUCGACGACCAUGAUCCAGGCGCUGCGCGAUCUGAUAGACCUUUACACGUUCUACUUUGAGAUAUUGGAGCGCUUCUUGGAUGGCCUCCUCGACUUGCUCUGCGUCUGCAUCUGUCAAGAAAACGACACGCUCGCGCGCAUCGGCACGUCCUGCCUGCAGCAGUUGCUGGAGAGCAAUGUCAGGAAACUGAGCCCGGCACGCUGGGAGCGCGUGGCGACCACGUUCGUGAAGCUAUUCAGGACGACGACGCCCCAUCAGUUGUUUGACGAGAGCCUCCGCGUCGAGAUCCACAACGCGUCUCCGGAGCCUCAGGACUCGGCAGAUACGGAUGGGCAGGCCAUCCUCCCUGCUCCACUGUCGCCGUCGACGCACGAUAGCCAGAAGAUCAACGCCAAGACGAACCUGAACGACCGGCGCCGGAUCUUCAAGCAGAUCAUCGUCAAAUGCGUGCUGCAGCUGCUCCUGAUCGAGACCACGAACGACCUGCUGCGGAACGACGAGGUGUACAACACGAUCCCGCCGGAGCACCUACUGCGGCUCAUGGGCGUCCUCGACCAUAGCUACCAGUUCGCGCGGCUGUUCAACGAGGACAAGGAGCUGCGGACCGGGCUCUGGAAAGUCGGUUUCAUGAAGCACCUGCCGAACCUGCUGAAGCAGGAGUCGAGCAGCGCGUCGACGCUCGUGCACGUGCUGCUACGGAUGUACUAUGACCCGCGAGCCGAGCACCAAGCGGCGAGGCCGCAGGUCGCGGAGCGACUCUUACCGCUCGGGCUCGGGGUGCUGCAAGACUACAGCAAGCUGCGCUCGGACACGCAGGCGAAAAACAUCGCGGCCUGGACGCCCGUCAUCGGCGAGAUCCUGCGCGGGUUCUGUCGCUUCGACGACAAGGCGUUCACGCGAUACCUGCCCGCGAUCUACCCGCUCGCAGCGGACCUGAUCGCGCGCGACACGUCGCCCGAGAUCCGCGAGGGCCUGCGGGACUACUUCGUGCGGGUCGGGUACGCGCAGGGCAUCAUAGAGCCGUCAUGACCCCGGGUGUCUCCCAUGCUGUCUUUUUGUUCCCUACGGUACCAUUGUAUGACUUUUCAACUUAAUUAUAGCCUUCUUUCUUCUUCGGACGCACAGUCUAU